AUGUUCCCUCUGCAUGUUCUGAUUUUUGUAUGCGCUUUCGGGCUCUGUCAAUGCGGUGAUAAUUUGCCCUCGGAAUCGGGAGAAGGAAUUAGUCUUAAUUCUCUUCCUGUGGGUUCAGGAGUUGAUAAUUCCGUCAAAGGUGAGGGUCUAAUGUUUGACAUUUUAAAUCCACCCUCGAACGUUUACAAUUUUCACAUUUCCUACUGUGGAAUAGAAUACGACUACUAUUCUGCAAGGGAUGGUGACCACUUUUUAAAGGUUUCCGAGAAUUCCCAAACCCUUUGGAAGGAACAAAAUGGCAAAAUUUGUAAUAAGGUACGAAUCUAUCAUACUAAAGAAGAACCUGUCAUGAUUGUUUUGACCGUAGAUGAUCAACUCUCGGAAUACUUUGAGAAGGUGGAUGGAACCUGGAAGAGUAUCGCCGAGGAUGAGCAUCACAAUAAACUAGAAGGAAUGAAGGAUUCUUCAAACCCAUAA